AUGACUGAUAUGGAUUCUUUCACAGUCAUUCUCUUGUUCUCAUUGAUUAGUCUGGUUUGCGGUGCAAAUCGAAAUCCUGGUCAUUUAAAACCAUUAGGUUCUGUUGGAAAUUUAGUUCUUAUCAAAGAACUUCAACGAGAAUUUCCAACUGUGUCACAACUUUUUACAUAUCAUGUAGCAAAGUCCGAGCCAAGUCUCUCGCGUCAAGUUCUGAAUGAUAAUAAAAAUUUUUCUCUCUGGCAAACCGAUGAACAACUUCUCGAAAAUAUUUAUGGAUUAGCCGACACAAAGAUUCAAGUUGAAGCAUUCAUAGCAAGACAGCGACAUAGAAUUCCAAUGACAUUCGACGCUUUUCUUCAACGAUAUAAGAAAGAACCUCUCAUGUUCGCUGAUAACAUACCCGAAGUUUUACAAAAAUAUCUCGUUGUUCCCAAACCGUUGCAAUGCGAAGCGGCUUUAGAAAUAUUUCAAUCAACGAUUUUAAUCAUCAACGGAAUCAAUGCAUCGCCAUUGUUACUCAAUGAAGAACAGGAUCAUUUUCAUUGUAUUCUUCGUGGGCAUAAAAAAAUGGUUCUGAUCAAUAUGGCGAAAUAUCCCGAUGUCCGUAAGAUUGUUAUACCAGAGAAAAAACAACAACAAGAACCACCGAUGAAUCCAGAUCGAGUGGAUUUCGAUCAGUUUCCUGCAUUAGCAGAUGUUGAAUAUCAUGUAGCUAAUUUAACUUCAGGUGAUUGUAUAUUCAUUCCAAGUUCAUGGACCUUUCAAGAACGUUCGUUGGAACAUACUUUCUCAGUAAUUUACAAUGUCAAACAUCGACGUGCAUUGAACAUUGAUGUCAAAGAAUUGACCGAAUGCGCAGACUAUGAUCCAACAUUUACAUUAGAUCAAAUUGACUGGUCUGUUGAACGGCAACCACAAAGUUUCAAGGAUCUUAUCAUGAAUCUUAUUAAUACCAAUGUUGUCGGUUUUGAAAAAUGGCGAGAAUAUUUCUCUAAACAUCUAUCGUACGAUUUGGCAUCAGAUUCGGAAGCAUCAGCGAUUUUCGAAGAGUUCUACGAUAUUAUUGAUGUCGAUGGUGAUGGACAAGUGACAAAGAAAGAAGUAGAGCAAAUCAAUGGCGCACAUCAACAUCAUAUUACGGAUAUUCUUUAUGAAAUGGCCAAAGUUAUUAAUACUAAGCGAGACGCUACAAAAUCGAAACCCGCCGAAAACAAUGACGAAGAUCAAAUGCAAUCUUCACACGAUCAAUCAGAGCUCUAA